AUGAUGUUCUUCCAGGUAACUUCACCCCAAAACCACGUCCAAAAAGUAUUACAAAUAAAAUCUCUUUAAUAGGAAGUGUUGGAACUUCUUGUCCAGAUGACAAAAGAAAAAGGCAUCAAUAAAGCACCAAGUGAGGAUAGUAUGGCCAGCUUAGAUGACUCUUCUUUCCUUGAUGGUGACAAAGAUGUGGCUGCUUCAUCUAUCAACUCUUUAGAUGAGAGUGCAGGAGCUGACCUUGAGUUGCCUACAGGAGUGGAGGAGGUUGAGGUGCAGGGAGACAUUGAAGAAACUCCUGAUGAGUGGAUGGACAUCAUAGGGUCUGGUGACCUCAAGAAAAAGGUUCUUGUGGCAGGAAUUGUAGAGACACGACCUGUCCGAGGAGACACCGUGUGCAUUGAGCUAACAAUGCGGCUUUCAGAUGGCACACUUGUAGAGGACACACACACACUCUACUUCACUUUAGGGGACAGUGAGGUAAUCCCUGGACUGGACCUUGUCGUGCCGCUCAUGGACAGAGGUGAAGAAUCAGAAGUUUACAUCCACUCUAGGUUUGCAUACGGCAGCAAAGGAGAUGGUGAAAGAGUACCUGCAGACGCAUCACUCCUCUGCACAGUCAAGCUUCUAGACUACAAGCCUGAAGACAUUCCAGAAUCUCUUCCAAUAGAUGAAAGACAGCAGAUUGGGAACCGCAAGCGUAUUCGUGGCAACUGGUGGUUCAACAGAGGUGACUACAGUGAAGCAGUUCAGUGCUACAAGGCCGCCGUGGACUUCCUUGAUGAUACAGAGGAGGUCAACUUUGAUCAGGAAGCCAAACCUGAGGUGUUGGCUAUCCUCGAGGAGCGCCUGAAGGCCCUGAACAACAUGGCCGCCGCACAGAUCAAGCUGGGGGCUCUGGACGCUGCCCUCGCCAGCGUCGCGGUCGUCCUGCAGUGCCAGCCCAACAACGUCAAGGCUCUCUUCAGGAGAGGCAAGGCCCUGCACCUGAAAGGCCGCAGCACUGAGGCCAUCAAAUUUCUGAAAGAGGCCCUGCGACUGGAGCCUGAGAACCGCGCCAUCCAUGCCGAGCUGAGCAAGAUGUCAGACGCAGCGCGACAGGAGACCGAGAGCGAGAAGACGCUCUACAGGCGCAUGCUGGGGCUGCGACCAAACGAGCAGAACAGGGAGCCGGACCGGCACCCCACCCUCAGGAUGUUUCCUUGGCGCGUGUUCCUGAUCUGCUUCACGAGCAUCGUUGCUGUGCUGCUGGCGUACAAGUAUCGGGAUUUGUUACAAUGACAGCC